UGUUUCUUACUCCACGGCAGUGACGUGUCAGCUGGACGCUACACACUACCGUCAUGCGUCUAAUAUGCUCGUGAGUUAAAGAUGAGAGAGAGAGAGAGAGGUUACCGUUGGCUGGGUGUGGGGACAGGUUACUCUGACACCCGAAAUGGACUUUGUCUCCUUCACACUCACUCUCCUCUUCUUCCUCCUCCCCUCCCCAAAUUCUUUUCCUCCUCUCAUCUCUUUCUCUUUCCUUCAGAUCCCCACCUCCUUUUCUCUCACUACCCUCAGUUCUUCCACCUGCAUUCUCCGCUCUUCCUACAUCUGGCGUGCCCAUUUUGCCAAAUCUCAGCCAUUUGACGGAAACGAUGGCGCUUUUCCGGCAAAUCCGGUUCCCUCCAAAGUAAAGUAGCCGACCAAAACCAGAGGUUCAAAAGAGAAAACAGUAAAGGAAGAAAGGAAAGGAAGGAGGAGAAGGGAGAAAAGAAUCCCGUCCCGUCAGUCACACUUUUCCUUUCCUUUUUCUCUUAGCCAGCCCCGGAGCAUCAUUAGCUGCGACGACCGGCGGGAAAGGAUUGUCACCUUUCGGGAAAAGGACCGCCAAUGCGACGAUGCGGCGGCGGCUUUUCCGGCUGCCCAUCACCACCACCGCCCUUCUGGUGGUCAUCCUCCUCGCCUUCCUCCUGGUCUGCAGCAGAAGCGAGGGGAAGAAGACGGAGUUCGAUCUGAACACGCUGACGUUAGGGAGGCUGCGGCUGCUGGGCGACGCGCACGUCAAGAACGGGACGCUGGCGCUAACCAGGGAGCUGCCCGUGCCGAACAGCGCCGCCGGAAGGGCGCUCUACGCCCAGCCCGUCCGCCUUGUCGACCCUGCGACGCGCGCCAGGGCGUCCUUCUCCACCAACUUCGCCUUCUCCAUCACCAACCUCAACCCGUCGUCCAUCGGCGCCGGGCUCGCCUUCGUGCUGGCGCCGGACGACCGCACCCUCGGCGAGCCCGGGGCUUACCUCGGCCUCAUCUCUACGCUCGACCCGCCCGAGCCCCGCAUCGUCGCCGUCGAGUUCGACACGUGUAUGGACGUCGGCUUCGCCGACAUCAAUGGCAACCACGUGGGCCUCGACCUCGGCUCCCUCGCCUCCUACGCCGUCGCCGACCUCGACCCAGUCGGCGUCGACCUCAAGUCCGGCGACGUCGUCAAUGCCUGGAUCGAUUACGACGGCCGCACCUCCCUCCUCGACGUCUCCAUCUCCUACUCCAACCUCCGCCCGCCGGAUCCCAUCCUCUCCGUGCACGUGGACAUCGCCGCCCACCUCCGGGAGUACGCGUUUGUCGGAUUCUCUGCGUCCACCCAGGGCAGCACCGAAACCCAUACAAUCCAGUGGUGGAGCUUUGCUUCCUCCCUCCCGUCUUCCUCAUCCUCCUCCUCCCCCUCCCCUUCUUCCUCUUCGCAGCCACCACCCCCUCCCCCUCCCCCUCCACCACCAACGAAUAUUUUUCAGGGACAGGGACCACCUGCUAGUAGCAGCGGCACUAGCCCCACCACUUACCCACCGCCCUCAUCAACGGGUAAUUCUUCUGCCCCUUCCCCGCACCCCGCGCCAGACCGAGCCUCUUCUUCUCCGUGCCACAACCGCCUCUGCAAGUCCGAUCCGGGCGCCGUGGCUGGGGUCGUUACCGCCGGCGCGUUCGUGCUGGUCGCCUGCGCAGGCCUCAUCAUCUGGUUUCGCUUCCGAGGCGUCCGAUUGCGGCGCGCCGAUGGCCUGCUCGAGAUACCGGCGUCGGAGAUGGUCCGGGCACCUCGUGAAUUUAGCUACCGGACGCUGAAAUCGGCGACGCGGAACUUCGAUUCCAGCCGGAUAAUCGGGCACGGCGCAUUCGGCACUGUCUACAAGGGGGUGAUCGCGGAGACAGGGGCCGUGGUGGCGGUGAAGAGGUGCAGCAAUGAGAGCGGCGGGCAGGGGAAGGCAGAGUUCCUGUCCGAGUUGUCCAUCAUCGGUGCCCUCCGCCACCGGAACCUUGUCCAGCUUCUGGGGUGGUGCCACCAGAAAGGGGAGAUCCUCCUGGUCUACGAAUUCAUGCCCAACGGCAGCCUCGACAAGGCCCUCUUCCUCCCGGCGCCGAUGCUCCCCUGGCGACACCGCCGCCGGAUACUCGCCGGCGUCGCCUCCGCCCUCGCCUACCUCCACGAUGAAUGCGAGAAGCAGGUAAUCCACAGGGACGUGAAGGCCAGCAACAUAAUGUUGGACGACGGAUUCAACGCCAAGCUGGGGGACUUCGGGCUCGCCCGGCAGAUCGAGCACGACAGGUCGCCGGACGCAACGAUCGCCGCGGGGACAAUGGGCUACCUGGCGCCGGAGUACGUCCUCUCCGGCCGUGCGACCGACAAGACGGACGUCUUCAGCUUCGGAGCAGUGGUGCUGGAGGUGGCAUGCGGGCGGAGGCCAAUCGAGAAGACGGUGGUGAACCUAGUGGACUGGGUGUGGGGGCUCCACAGGGAGGGAAGGCUGGUGGAGGCGGCCGACGUCCGGCUGGCCGGCGAAUUCGAGGAGGGGGAGAUGAGGAGGGUGCUGCUGGUGGGGCUGAUCUGCUCCCACCCGGACCCCCUGCACAGGCCCUGCAUGAGGAACGUGGUACAAAUGCUCAGCGGCGAGACGUCGUCGCCGGCGGUGCCGAGGUCAAAGCCCAGCAUGAGCUUCAGCUCCAAUCUGCUAAUGAAUUUGCAGGAAGAUAGCGCGUCAGACUACAACGGCAUUGCCGCUUCGACCUCCUCGUCCGAAGCGUCCAUCAACGGCGGAGGACACCUUGAGGUCUGAGUUUGUUUUUUUCGUGUGCUUUUUUUGGGGAGGGAGGUUGGGUGUUUUGCGUUUUGAUUAAUUUAAUCAUUCUUUAUGUGUAUAUAAACACCAUUGUUAGUUAAUACAUAUUUAUGCGAAACUUA